CGGACGCGCGUACGCGAAUACACGUAUAGGUGCUCUCUUCCUACGUAUCGCGUCGAUAUUUUUUAAUAAUAAAUAAAUUAGCGUGCGCGUGUGAGAGUUCGCGAUUGGUAAUCCAUUGCAACGAGAUCGUAUCGCACGAACGGAUGAUUGCGUGAAUCAUCUCGAGGAAGGGAUAGGCGCGUACGGUGCAUACGUUGGUUCUCGUUAAGUUUACGAUUGAUUGCGAUCAGAAAAAAGAACGAUAGUGUGUAAAAGGCCCGCCGACUCUGCGUGGGGCCAGCAGCAGCGUGUAACAACAACAAAAAAGCUCGCGCAAGCUGCAGCUUCUCUCUCGCUCUCCCUCUCGUCAAAGAAGAUCAUGAUUAAAGUCGACGAGACCGAUCCAGUCGGCGAGCUCGAGCCGAGCUUUCCCUAUCGAGAUGUCACGGUGCGCAAGGGGAUCGACUUCAAGGACCAGUACAACAUCGAGUCCGAGAUCGGCAGAGGGAAAUUCGGCACGGUGUACAAAUGCAAGGAGAAACGGACGGGCCUGUGCCUGGCCGCCAAGGUGGUCAACACGAGCCGCAAGGAGGACAGGCGCGCCGUCGAGCGCGAGGUCGAGAUCAUGCGCCGGCUGCAGCAUCCGCGCCUCAUACAGCUCUACGACGCCAUCGAGCACGGCCAGAAGAUCUACGUGGUGCUCGAGCUCAUCGAGGGUGGCGAGCUCUUUGAGCGGGUCAUCGACGACGACUUCGUCCUCACGGAGCGCAGCUGCGCGGUCUUCAUGCGACAGAUCUGCGAGGGCAUCGAGUUCGUUCAUUCGCAAAAUAUCGUCCACCUCGACAUGAAGGUGAUUAUACAUUAUUAUAUUAUUAGACCACCGGAGAACAUAUUGUGCUUGACGAAGGAGGGCAAUCGCAUCAAGAUCAUCGAUUUUGGACUGGCCCGCGAAUGGGAUCCCAAGAAGAAGCUGCAGGUGCUGUUCGGCACGCCCGAGUUCGUCGCGCCGGAAGUCGUGAACUUCGACCAGAUCGGCUUCGGCACCGACAUGUGGAGCAUCGGCGUGAUCUGUUACGUGCUACUCUCGGGACUGUCGCCGUUCAUGGGCGACACGGACGUCGAGACGAUGGCCAACGUGACGAUCGCCAAGUACGACUUCGACCACGAGGCGUUCGCCGACAUAUCCGAGGACGCCAAGGACUUCAUACGCUGCCUCCUGGUCAAAGACAUCGCAGCACGAGCCAGCGCAACGGAUUGUCGCGAGCAUCCCUGGCUCGGUGUGCGCUAUCCAGCAGCAGCGGCGAAGACACCAUUAGUGAUCACCAGGACGGAAGCGUCGCCACCGGCCAGCAGCAGCACAGCCUCCGAUCAGCAACCCACUACUACCAAGCCCAAGCCCAAGCUCGAGCUCGACCUGACCAAGGACAAUUUGCGACUGUUCAUCGAGCGCUGGCGCGACCACCCGGACAGCCCGUACGUGGUCGAGCCUCUCGAUCAUCGCGAUAACACGAACAGCGCGUCGAAGGCGGCGGGCCCGCCGAGCCUGCGAAAUCAUCGGCCGUCGCCGUGCGGCAGCGUCACGUCGAGCGAGAACACCGAGCCGCUGAGCCCGGCCGCGACGACGACGACGCCGACCAAGACCAAGACCUUCAAUCUGGUGGUGCCCGAGGUGGCGCUGGGCAGGCGUGCCUCCGAGGGCCGAGUGAUGAGCUACUACGGCCGGCCGGAUCCGGUCUCACAGAUUCACCUGGCCGAGGAGAUAAUACGCCUGUCGCAGCAUCUCAGAUCGUUCACGGUGGCCGUCGCCGCGGCGUCCAGCAGCAACGACGACGACGACGAUGAAGACGAUGAUGGCAACGAGGAGAAAAAUGACAAAAGCAACAAUAACAAUAAUAACAUUAGUAAAUUGAGCAAAGAGUCGACCAAGUCCGCCGUAGUUGACGCGUCGAAGAAUAAAAGUUCCACUACGACUACUAGUACCAGGCUACGUUCGAAAGCCACGACGAGCAGCCAACAGGAAAGAACGGAGGAACACACGAACGAGAUCAACGAGAAGCUGUCCAAGAUCGCGAGGCAGCGCAAGCUCAACGGCACCGCCUUCAAGAGCUGUCAAAGCUUCGACAAGUACAAUACGGACAAGGAGGACGAGUCGCCGAGCACCAGCUCCAUGAGCUCGACGUUCGUCGGCGGCUGGCGACGCGCCAAGCGGCGCUUCGGCGAGACGUGUCGCGACGUGCCGCGCAUCGCCGAUCUGCGCGACCUGCACAAGACCAUGAACCUGGACGAGCCCACCAGCACCAAGGAUCUGCUGCUCAAGCUGAUCGACGAGUGGUCGGAGCUGCGCACGAGGCCGACCACCAACGCCGCGAGCUGGAGCAGCGCCGGCCGCAAGAGCAUCAGUAUCGACUGGUGCGGCGAGGACUCGGUCGCGCGCAGCUCCAUCAACUCGCUCGCGGAUUACUUCAAGGCCACCGUUCAGCAGCAGCAACAGCAGCAGCAGCAGAACAACAAGUCCGCCAACGAUUCGGAUCAGCGCUGACCCUCCGCGUCGUGAUUCUUCUUCACUUUGUUCUUUCCACGACGAAUGCAAGAAAGCUAUCUCUCUCUAUUUUUAAUUUUUACGACGCGAAUGAUUUUUAUACAUAUAUAUUAUUGUAACGAAUAACACGUGGAACCUCUCUAGUAAAUAUGACUGUUGCUGUAUACAUUAGACAUUCCCAAUUUCGUUUCUGCGCGCGCUAAAAUUGGUAUUAUAUGUAAUACGUGCCGAUAUCUAUGUGCUUGUCCGCGUGAACGGAAACUAUAUUAUAUACAACGGCUUAACUGCGAUAUCGAGUGUAUUCUUACGUUUUUUUUUUUUCGUGAUCGCCAUUAUAUACUGUAUUAUAAAACAAUUACGUUCGACGAUUGCCUAGUCGCAACGAGUGCAAUGAUUUUAAUUAUUCUACAUGCGUCGCGUCACUUUUGUUGGGAUGUGUGCGAGCAAGUAUUGUGGCAAAUUUAGCAUAUGUAUAGCUGUUGCUAGUAUUAAUUGUGAGAAGAAUGGAAUACUGUGAUUACGCGAUCGAGGCACGAACAUCCGAUAAUUAGGCUAAGGCAGUGAACACGUCUGAAACAUUGACUAAUCCCUGUAUCCUCUUUGAUUGAUAACUGCCACUCUGAAACUAAUUUAUAUAUAUUAUAAUAUGCGAUCAAUCUGUGUGUCUCUGAUGCGUUGCUAUAUGCGCAGCAUAUACAUAUCUUAUGUAUGAUAAAAUUAAGUAAUUAUUGAAAAAUUAUUAACAUGUAUCGUAGGACAAAUUGAUAGAUUCUCGGAUAGUUAUGUUUAUAUGAUUGUUAUUUUGUAUGGCGUUGUAUUGUAAUAGACGAAUUGAUCAGAAAAUUAUCUAAUGUUUAUUUCAAUCGAUAGACUCGAUCAUUUAUACAAUCAGUUAUCAAAGUCAACUUUUGUACUUCAUCGACACGAGUUCUAAAUUAUAUGUAGAUUAUUGUGUAAUAAAAAAAAAAUAAUUUAGUUGACUGCAAGAUGCUCAAGAAAUGAUGAAUAAAAUUG